AAAAAAUAAGAGAUAAUUAUAUUUUCGAAAACAAUUGCAUAUACAAAAAAAAAGAUCAGAUAAUCUAAAACUGGUAUCGUACACAUAACCUUAUGUUUAUGAAUGUACAACCCAGAGAAAAAGAAAAAAAAAGAUACACACGCGCAGAAUGAAUCAGAUAAGAUUUAUAGUGCCGAAUCUCUAAAAAUUUCUCCCUCUUUUUCAUCUAUUUUUUCUCUUUUUCUUUAUCUGAUAAACAUUUCACAAUGCCCAUACUCAGCUUAUUAGAAGGCAAGACAUUAACAGGUGUGUUGCCACCAGAGAAACAACCUCCAAUACAGAAUUUUUUGCCUCAAUAUAAUCAACCUAUGUUGUUGGAUAUUGAAUCUUGUAUUGAUGACCCUUUCUUGGGCCAUCAUGUUAAAAAACCAAGCAUCGUCAGAAAGAAGAAGAACAAAUCCGAGUACAAUGGACAAGUUCAGAUUGAUCCCAAACACAAUUACAUUGCCUCCUCAACAGGAGCAGGUCUUGUGAUGUUGAGAAGACGAGGUCUAGAAGCAGACCAAUUAGGGCGGGAAUUGGACCAUCUUUUAUUACCUUCCUUGACAAGUUACCUUAAGCAAAGCUUUGGACCCAACGAAUAUACGAGUCUUGUCGAACUGGACAUUUCAAGGAAUCGACUCACUCGACUGCCAGACCAGAUCCGCCACUUGACUCACUUGCGGAUUCUGAAUGUAACCUCAAACCAACUGACACAUAUACCACCUGAGCUCUAUGCCUUACAAGACCUUCAAGUCCUUAUUUUAUCACAAAACAAAAUCCAAAGCAUACCAGAAGACAUGCCUCGCUUGUUGCCUAAUCUAGUAACCUUCCGAAUUGCUGCCAAUUUGAUUGAGAAGUUACCUAGUCGCCUAGACUAUUGGCAACACAUGCGUCAUUUUCAACUGGGCUCUGUGUACGGAGGUAACCGGCUUGUUCAAUUGCCUGAUAGUAUCACAGACAUGUCCUUGCUUGAGGAACUCGAUGUGUCGUACAAUCAGUUACGAAGUUUACCCCACGAUCUUGCUAUUCAGUCACUUCAGUUUCUCAAUGUCUCUAACAAUCAACUCGACUUUAUUCCCAAGUCCGCUGAUCUUGUGAGUCUUAGCCAACUUGAAUUGUUAGAUAUCAGUGAAAACUUGUUAUGUAUUAUGCCUGCAGAAAUACUGGAGCGUAUGCAGUCUGCUAAUCUACUGAUCACGGGCAACCCACUUACACGGCCUGGCCAUUGUGAUCAGUCAAGUCAAGACGCUUAUUCUCGUAUUUUAAGGCAAAUGACUCAACGUGGAGUUACACGUUCACCAGCUGCUUCUCCUAAACUAUCUCGGGUAGAUCAAUGUGGUCCAAGAGGUAUGGGUUGCUUAACCCCUUCAUUAUCUUCGUCAUCACCUUCUUCUUCGCUGUCGUCAUCGUCAUCAUCUUAUUUUUCACCAUUGACUUCUCCAGCCAUGGAACCUUCCUCUAGCUUCUGUAUAACCCAUCCUCAACAAGACGAAGAUGCUUCUAUUGACCAUGAACUCUCUUAUCACGCACAACAACUCAACAUUGAUGGUUCUCGACCCCCUGUUCAGCCUCUAUACCCAUCCAACGAUCUCAUAGGUACCUCUCGUUCCAAGAUUGUACAAGAUUCUACACACUCCACUUAUGUCCUGGUGGACUUCCCGCGUGAAUCUCCUUUGCCUACCGAGACUAAAUUACUCCACUCGUUACGUGAGAUUGCUUCAAGGACCAUCCUAAAACACAAGUUGGAAAUACCCUUUGAUUGUUUACCGGCGCAUUUAGCACAAGACAUGAAGGGAGAGCGUACGUGUGCUUAUUGUCAAGGUCCGUUUGUGAAUGAAUGGGUGACUUCUGUCCAAGUUAAGGGGUUUGGUGGACAUCCUGCUGUGGUCAGAAGAGUUCGGUUUUGUUCUACUGAAUGUUGGUCUCAAUGUCUACCUACAAAAGAACACUCUAAAUCUGUUAUUUGUGUACAUCAACAGUAAUAUAUACCCCCUUCUUUUGUAUAAAUAAAUAUAAAGUAGUACAGAGG